GAUAUGUUUACAGAGGGGGUGAGAGAUUUGGCCUGUGACCACCUGUAACUUUCAGCUGUGACCUUCACCUAUGACCCCCCAACCUGUGCCCUGCCCCUGUGAUCUUCGUCUGUGCCUUCAAUCUAUCACCUUCAACUGUGACCUCCAUCUGUGACCUUUACCAGUGACCCUUAACUAUGAUCUCCAUCUGUGACCUCCCCCUUUGACCUCCACCUAUGACCUCCACAUAUGACCUUCACCUGUGAUCACCAGCACCCAGCAUGGCCAGAGGGGCAUGAAUUUCACCACCACACUCUCACCCGAGAACCAGAAGGAAUCUGGAGCCGAGAAAUGGCAGUUGCUGGUGGUGGUGUCAGUGUUGGGGACUCUGUUGAGCGUGGUGCUGCUGUUGGGCUGCGUGUGGGUGUGUGUGGUGUCCAACAAAUAUCUCCGCCGCCAGCGAAGACCGACCAGGCCAGAACCAGAUAGAGGAGGAGACAACGCAUUUCCCCCUGCCCAUCGGGAUACAGUGGACCUAGGCUGCCUUCCGGACUCUCUCGCUCCCCGUCGCUCAAAACACUUUAAUGAGAACACUGACAAUUCUGGCAUUUCCAGGUGCUUAGGGCUAGGUGCGUCGUACUCAACAAAACAGCUGCCCACCUUACCUACUCCAAUGAGUUGGACGCCAAGUCCACCUUUUAACCCUCAUCGCAUGCAUGCUAGGAGGCGCGAGAGUGUGGUGGGAGGCUCCAGGGGCCGGGAGUGUGACCUGGGAGACACCACAGAGCCUCAUUACGGCAGCAGGGCUCCAACCUCCCCCAGCAACCCUCACUACAAUACCCCAACCAGCGGUAACUACUACAACUAUAUGACGCGGCGACUUGAUCAUCAGCCUGAAGAGAGAAGACGCGAUGAAUACGAGGUCUGGUACACAGAUAGACCUUACUAUUAUAACAGAAAUGAUGAUCGAGCGCCUAAGACGAAUAAUUUAACCCAUCAAAGACCGUUUGUAGAUUACAAAUAUGUUGAAAACAUAGGGAAAUAUCUACCAAAUCGUGGGAGGUAUCUCUCGGUGCCGACAGAGAACCCGGUAAGGAAGGCGUGGGGAGGAGCCUACUCCACCUGCCACGACCAGCCAUCCCACCACCGGCACGCAUACCAUCCCCAACAUGACUACAAACCUGAGUGUAGUCGAGCAGAUCCUUCAAGAUCUCGACGUUUCGAUAACUUGGCUUCUGAUCCUCUUGCCACCUCAAGGAUGGAUACUGUGUUUGUGGAUAAUGAUGAGCGUGAGUGCUUGAAGAGGACCACCACUCACAGGUUGCCGGCGACAAGUAACAGAGAGGCAGAGACCACCAGGUCCUACCAAGCACACACUACUUUACCAGUCCCUCACCUGAGACUUGUGAAGGACAGUGAGCACCAGCACCACACCAUCCCAAACGAUCUGUCGCUCAUCUCACCCAAAACAAAACCUCAGGGGAUGAAGCGCUAUCAGGUGAGCAGUGACCAGGAAGGGUGGGUGUCGCAGCAUGGGGAGCACUGCCCGUCACGGCUCCCACCGGAACGCUGCCCGUCACGGCUCCCACCGGAACGCUGCCCGUCACGGCUCCCACCGGAGCACCGACACUUGAAUCGUCACCACCAAGACGAACGCCACGCCUCACACGACCCGCCAGAGCACCACCACCAGCAUCACAAACCCGACAAUUGCAAUGUGUCGCAAGACCAACUGGGGCACCAGCAGGACGACCCACACGACCCCUCUCACUACCUCUCACAACACGACCCUGACCAAGAAGUGAGGAGACGUCUUGCCUUAAAGUAUGGGUUUUGUCAAACGUGUGGGGUCUAUACGUCACCCAAGCAGUGUUUGGGUGGGCCCGCUGAUGUUCAUCGUCCUCGGCAGAGUAACCGGUCUACACAGAGUCAGAAGGAUGGCCAUAACUCUUCAGUUAACGACAUUGAGGAGCUGAUUCACGACCCAACACCCUCGCUGUCAUGGGACAACCUAACGCCAGAACCCUUAUCCAUUUUCGCAGACACACUGGCAAAUGCGAGAACUCUGGAGGGUACAACUAUUGCUACAUUGUUUCCUUCCCUGUCUCCCGGUGACAUUCCUCAUGAUGAGGAUGACGUACCUCAUGAUGAGGGUGACGUACCUCAUGAGUGACGUAGCUCUACCUCAUGAGUGACAUAGCUCUACCUCAUGAGUGACAUAGCUCAUGAUGGGGAUGACAAGGUCUUGAGCUAAAGCAGUGUAAACAUUGAUUCCUUAGCCUUGGAACUGAGUCUAUGAUACACAGAGAUAAGUUAUAAUAGUAGUUCUUUAUGAAAAGAUGGUGGUAUGAGGUUAUGAAGAGACAAAAUGUCUCUUUGUUGGCAUCAUGUGAGUCAGGUGCUUUGUGGAGCCUGAUUUGUCUCGUGUACAAUCUUCUACACACUGAUUGAACAUCAACUGCAACACUGGAAUUAAAAAAUACAAUUAUA